CCUGACAACACAAUUACUUUACCUAACGUUGUGUUUACUUUUUAAUUUCCCAAGUUGUGUUGUUUUUUACAUAUCACUGUGCAAACUGGACUGUGAAAAGCUGCUUGGUGAAUACAAAGACACAGCAGAGGUAGAAGAGCGCUGUCCACACAUGCUGUGUGUGUGUGUGUGUGUGUGUCUGUGUAUCUGUCUGUAUGUGUGUGUGUGUCUGUCAGGCUGUCUGUGUGUCCGUCUGUGUGCGCGCGGUGGGGUGAGAGCAGUGUCCACAUUCUUCUUAACACCUGGGUGGGCAGAGGCUUUGUGUGUGUGUGUGUGUGUGUGUGUGUGUGUGUGUGUGUGUGUGUGUGGACUAUGUAAAGUCCUUUAACCAGGAAGCCAGUGUGUCCUGGGGGCGGAGGUUUCACACGUGUAUUAGUGCAACCUGGUUAAAGCACAGACCUGUGGGGCUGCUGCAUCACCAGCUGUGGGCUGAGGAAGGCGGAGGCUGUGGAUGUAAAAGCUGUCAGCUGUGGAUGGAGAAGGCCACAGAGCCCUGAAGCAAGGCAGCCCUGUGACGGAGCCUCGUGGGCCUAAACAUCUCAGCAAGCCCCCAGUUAACCCAUUACUGCCCGCAACCAGACACCUGCUGGUGAAGUUUGGGCGUAGCCAUUUGGGAGCUGAACCUACUAAAGUGUCAGCAGUCACCUGGACAUUCACAGCCAGCCUCCAGCAGCCUGUGACGUGUAGCUGGUGGUCUUCAUGUGUGAGGCGGUUUCAGAGCCACUCUGGGGACUCGUCUUUCCACCGUUAGUCCCCGUCUGUCCUGUUGUGUCUAUGCAUGCUCAGUAAUCCAGGUAAGGAAGUCAGAGGGAGGUGAAUCAGUUCCUCCGGACUCCACGUUUCCUGACAGAAACGUUUCAUCACUCCUCUACGUGACCUCUCCAGUCCUGCUGGACGUUGUUGUUCAUCAUCUGGGGGAUUUCCUCCAUUGCACAGGUCUGUGUUUGUUCAGUGUCAGUCUCCGUGGUUCUAGUAAGCUUAUCCUGCAACUCUGGACUCCUACCGAGACCUCUGGGCUUUAAAACGUGGCGAACGCAGCGAGGGUACCGUGAGAACUCCUAAACCCGGUCCGUGUGACUCCGCGGCUCCCCUGGAACCCGUGACCUCCUCCGGACUCUUGCAGGUACAAGAAGCCCCGCUGUCACAUGGUCCCGGUGCCCAAUCACAGGCCGCGACGCUCCUCCGCCAGCUCCGCAUCUGUGUAGAGUAAAGCUCCGCCGGAGUGGCUCCUCAUUUCCUGAAAGCACCAAGACAGCGAGCGCAGCUACAGACACGACACGUCAGCGGGAGGACGGAGAGCUCACAAACCUGUUCACUUCCAGUAAGUCAUGGCGGCCUCGGCGCCUCCUGCUCCGCUCCUUUCACCUCCGCGGCUGCUGCGCCGCGUCUGCUGGAUGUGCGCGCGGAGCUCGCCGUGUGCUCCGUCGUGUUUCCGGUGAGUGACGCUGCUCUGCACACGGCACCGCGGGCCGCGUGCAGAGCAGCGUCGCGGGGCGCAAAAUGUUUACCUCCGCCAGUCCGCGUGCAUGUCCUGCGGGACUGCUUGGUUGCGGGACUUCCAAGCCUCCGAGUCCGACCGGUACGCUGGUCCUCCCGCCGGCGGUUCGGCUCGGUCCGGCCGCGGUAGGCCCGAGGCCCGCGGCCACAUGGCGUCGGCGAGCAGAAGGUGGGACUAGUCCGCGGUGGUCGGUGGAGGUUCAGCUGAACAGCUCCUGCAUGUGGAGCAGCGGGGAGGUGAUGCUCCGCUGCAGGAGUCAUGAUGGCGGAUUGGCGGGAGUGGAGUCGGGCCUUGGCCCUCAUGUGGCUGCUCACGGUGUGCUGGCGGUCCCCGGCCGCAGCCAGCGGCCCGUGCGGCCCCGCGACGCCGGGAGCGGAGAGCCCCGGAGCGGAGUCAGCCAUAGUGGACCUGCCGAAGGCCCAGCACAGCCAGCGGCAGCACCUGGAGGCGCUCUUUCAUCGGUACGGGGAAAAUGGCACCCUUUCCCUGACAGGCCUAAAGCGUCUGUUGGAAAGUAUGGGUCUCGACCACAUCAGGAAUGUGACUGUACAACAUCAUGGGGAAGAAGACAUGGACCACGCCCACCAUGAUCAUCACCAUGACAAUAGCACACACCGCCAAAAGCGUGCAGUCUCAGUGCCUAGAACAUUAUUGGAGACAUCUAAGGAGCAAGAUGCCACCCUAAAGAGAUUGGAAAUGUUGACCAGCCACGACAACCUCAACAAAAAUCAACCCACCGAAACAGAUUCAUACCCACUGGCAAUGGAUACCAUUAGACGCAGACGAAGGGGUGUGAACAAAGACGUGUCGCAAGGCAGUAAGACGGACGCCAACACCUCCGAGAUUCCAACCCGAACUCCUGUGGUUGGCAAGGAGGGUUCCCACAAUGACAGCCAUGGAAAUGACUACGACAGCCACGGACACAGCCAUGACGACGGACACGGACACAGCCAUGACGGCGGACACGGACACAGCCAUGACGACGGACACGGACACAGCCAUGACGACGGACACGGACACAGCCAUGACGACGGACACGGACACAGCCAUGACGGCGGACACGGACACAGCCAUGACGACGGACACGGACACAGCCACGACGACGGACAUGGACACAGCCACGACGACGGACACGGACACAGCCACGACGACGGACACGGACACAGCCACGACGACGGUCACGGACACAGCCACGACGAUGGACACGGACACAGCCAUGACGACGGACACGGACACAGCCAUGACGACGGUCACGGACACAGCCAUGACGAUGGACACGGACACAGCCACGAUGGACAUGGACACAGCCACGAUGGACACGGACACAGCCAUGACGAUGGACACGGACACAGCCAUGACGACGGACACGGACACAGCCACGAUGGACAUGGACACAGCCACGACGACGGACACGGACACAGCCACGACGACGGACACGGACACAGCCACGACGACGGACACGGACACAGCCACGACGACGGACACGGACACAGCCACGACGACGGACACAGCCACGACGACGGACACGGACACAGCCACGACGACGGACACGGACACAGCCACGACGACGGACACGGACACAGCCACGACGACGGACACGGACACAGCCAUGACGGCGGACACGGACACAGCCAUGACGACGGACACGGACACAGCCAUGACGACGGACACGGACACAGCCAUGACGGCGGACACGGACACAGCCAUGACGGCGGACACGGACACAGCCAUGACGGCGGACACGGACACAGCCAUGACGACGUGCAGGAGAGUGAGGAAUGUCUCGGGGCUUCUGCCAUCCUGUCCUCUCACGGGAUGUCGGAGGAUGCUGUCCUGACUGUCGGGGACUUCAGCUACAUCUGUCCCGCUCUGCUCCGCCAGAUGGACUCCAGGUCCUGUGUCCAGCAUGGAGGGAAAGGCUUCUCCCAUGAUAACCACGGACACAGUCACGGAGACGGGCACGGACACAGUCACGGAGACGGGCACAGUGGACACAGUCACGGAGACGGACACAGUGGACACAGUCACGGCAGCGAUUAUGAAGGGUCCAGCUCUAGAAGCGCCACCGUAGCUUGGGUUGGCGGCUUCAUUGCGGUCACGGUUAUCAGCCUGCCCUCUUUGAUGGGCGUCAUCAUCAUCCCCCUGAUGAAUAAGACUUUCUUCAAGUUCCUCAUCAGUUUCCUGGUGGCUCUGGCCGUGGGCUCACUCAGCGGAGACGCCUUCCUGCACCUCAUUCCCCACUCUCAAGGAGGCCAUUCCCAUUCUCAUUCCCAUUCCCAUUCCCAUGCCCAUUCUCAUCACCAUGAUGAGUCGGAGGAGCUGCGUGGGAUCUGGUUGGGGCUUACAGCUCUGGCUGGAGUCUACUUCAUGUUUCUGACAGAGCACUUCAUCACCCUGGGCAAAAUGUACAAGGACAAAAGACAGAGGAGCCACAGUAAAGGAGAUCUGGACAAUCAGCUGGCACUGGAGAACAACACCAAACCAGUCAAGGAUGUUGAGAACAAGGGCACUUCUGGUGACCACGUUGGCGACGGGAACAUGGCAGAAGAGGAGCAGGUGAUGCUGGCCCCGAUUGUCGCUGUGGUGACCCCACAGGAGGCUGAAGAAGACACCUUCACAGGCGAUGAAUGCGAGAACAAGUGUCACUCACACUUCCAUGACACGGUGGCCAAGGCUGACCCCAAGCACCACCAUCACCAUGACUACCACCACAUCCUGCAUCAUCACCACUCCCAGAACCACCAUCCCCACACACACUCCCAUUCCCACUGCUACACUGAGCAGGACCUCAAGGGGGCCGGCAUCGCCACCCUGGCCUGGAUGGUCGUCAUGGGAGAUGGCCUACAUAACUUCAGUGACGGCCUGGCCAUUGGGGCCGCCUUCACUGAGAGUCUGUCCAGUGGUGUCAGCACCUCCUUGGCUGUCUUCUGCCAUGAGCUCCCUCAUGAACUUGGUGACUUUGCGGUGCUACUGAAGGCAGGCAUGACGGUGCGCCAGGCAGUCAUCUACAACCUGCUGUCAUCCUUAACGGCCUAUCUGGGCCUGAUCACUGGUAUCCUCAUCGGCCAGUACGCUGACGACAUUGCAACAUGGAUAUUCGCUCUCACGGCUGGUCUCUUCCUGUAUGUGGCGCUGGUGGACAUGGUGCCAGAGAUGCUGCACAAUAAUGAAGGAAACCACGGUUCCAGUCACUGGGGCUUCUUCCUGCUGCAGAACGCCGGCAUGCUGUUGGGCUUCGGCAUCAUGCUGCUCAUCGCCAUUUAUGAACACAGCAUCCAUCUGGACCUGGGUUACUGAAGAUGGGUGUAGUCCUGCUCCUCCCGUGCAUUCCAGUGCUGCAGUUAAAUUAUGUGUGUGGGUUUUUAUUAUGUUGUGUGUUCUUUCUGCUUGUGUCGGCUUCUACUGUCCUGAAACUCAAAUGGGUCCUCCUCUGCGCUGGUGGGCUGAGAUCUUCCCCGGACCAGAACAUGAAUGUGUGGUGAUGUGACUGAUGAGGGAGGCAGGGACGCAUGUUAUGGAUGUCCUGAUGAAGAGCUGCUUACCUGACAUGGCUUUGGUCUGGUGGUCAGAUGUGGGCUUGCAUACAGACUCCUUUAGGGCGGCUAAUGUACUUGGGCCGGUUAAAGGUUGGCCCGGCGGCUGAUUCUGAGCCGCACCAGAGCUCGUCUUGCGUCAUGUUGAUUUAUUUGGAGCCUUUUUGUUGUCCAGCUUUGUCUGUUACAAGACAUCAGACCAUGAAGGUCUUUCUUUAGUUCCUGCUUUGUGUUGGGCUUGUAUACUGUAGUCCGUGGUCAUGAUCUCCACAUGGUGCCUUACAUUCAGACUCUUAUGUGGAGUCCAGGUUCUGCCUUGGGGCAGUGUGCCACCGAAGGACAAACGGCAGCCGUAACAUGUUGUUGGUUUGUCUUCUUUAACGACCAGUGUGUGUCCUUCGUCGUCGGCUCGUCUGUUACAUCAUGUUUCCUUACAGACAACAGACCGAGCUUCUCUUGACCCUCUGACCUUCUGUCCUCACUUGUCACCGAGAGCCUGAGGCCACCGCGGCACGCUGGCUGAUCCAAGCCCGGCGUUUUCUAAUGGGACACACCUGACAGGUGGUCUCUUUAAAGGAUCAGACGCUGAGCUACACUGGAACCCCAUUCCUACAAGUCCUGUGAACAUGAGUCCAGCAUGUUGUCAGUUGAUUUUUGUUAAAGAUUUUGCUGUUACUUCAAAUGUCUGUCGUUAAUGCUGUUUGACUUGUUCUUCAGUCACUUUUGAAUAUCUUGUGGAACAAGGAAGCCACCCGUUGUUUGGUUUCAUUAAUCUCCUGCGGUCAAAGUCCUGCUUCCCCCCCCACCCCACCCCUUCUGGCAAGCUGCGGCCCAGCCUCGGCCGGGUCAGAGGUCAGGGUGUCCACCCAGAGGUGUUGUGAGCAGCGUCUUCUUGUCCGGCUCAUCGGGGCAGACGCACUUGGGGACGGCCUUCCUGUCCCAGCUCAGUCUUCUCCAAAGGGCCCGAGUGGGUUUCCUGCGAGCCUGGUCCACAUGUCAGAAGAUGUGGGCUGGUGGCUGACAGAGGACAUGUCCCUGUUGAACGUCACCAAGUCUGGUACAUUACUCUCAUUGUCCCUGCUGAAGUGCCCGUGAGCAAAGUGUCAGAGAGCUCUCUGUUACCCGUCUGUCUCUGAGAGUCAUUCUCUGGAAUCUGACGAUGGAGCUGAAAGAGGGAUGUUUGUUUUUGUUUCUUUCUCCUUCAGGAAGUAAAUGUUUUCAGAAAUACUGUGGCAGCUCUACAUGAACCCUUCUCACAAACCAAGUACACGUCUAAAAUCUGCUUCCAGUAAACGUUGACUUGGAAUGUGGUCUGUCCUUGUAAUCCUGAGCUGAUAUGUUGUACAAAGUGAUGAGGUCAAGAGAUGUUUCCAGAAUGAGGUCAUGUAAAGUGUUGUAAUUAUUGUAAGUUAUUGUGCCAUUUUUUAAUUUAAACGGAAAGUGUUUGUUUCUGCCCAGCUGUCCUGUAACAAACGUCAAGUCCAACCAACCACAGCACGUUUUAUGUACUUGUACACCCACUGAACUUGCUUCAUGGCUUAUUUUUUACUUUUGUGUGUGUACAACAAUCUGUAUUGGACAGUGGAAUUGUCCGUGGCCACUACUGGUAUCAGUCCUAUUAAAUAUUGACCAAAUAUUAAAACCCUGUCAAGAAGUGAGCAGUCUGGACAAGGUUCUGGAGCCCUCGAGCCAAGGUGUGUGUUGUCUCCAUGUAGGAGGGAUCCGUUUGUGGUGGAAGUUCAGUAUGCCAACGUAGACUACAUGGUUUGUUAGGCAGCUUUAGGAUGGUCACUGUGUUUUUUCCUUUUAUAACAAUAAAACUUGUUCACCCACACAA